AUGACCAGUAUUAAGAUUCAAGAUUUGACCGUUUGGUGGACUAUCAGUCUACUUGCUUUGACUUAUUUGCUCCACCGUUUUCUUGCGGUGUCGUCACACCUUCGCCAUCUUCCCGCUUUACCAAUAUUCUCCAUAACUUGGAGCUAUAUCUGUCAAGAGCCCGAUGAUGUUCGCUUCAAGCGUCUUAUCAUACCUUAUGCCAACAAACAUUCCGAAGGUGUGGUUCUGGUGUGGAUUUUUGGUCAAUGGACAGUUCAUGUCGUUGAUCCACAGAUUGUGUACCAAGUAAAUGGAAACAUUACCAAUUUCCCGAAAGAUAUUCCUCCAUGGGAUCUACUUCUUAUCCGUUUCACAGGGAGAAGCAAUAUCGCCAUGAGAAAUGGCGAGGAAUGGAAAAGCCUUUCCACAAUUAUUCGUGAGGCAUUUACAACUCCAAUUCCUAUCGAAUUGUUUGCUUCCCUUGCAAAAAAUCUAUUCCAUGUGAUCAACCAAACACCCCUAGCGGAUGACAAGGGACUCAAAGUGAGGUGGAACGGUCUCUCACAACGGUUCACUUUGGACGCAGUAGGGUAUUCGGUGCUUGGAUACAACGUCGAUGCUAUCAGUACCCAAACCCAGUUUGUCAAGGAUUACAAUAUGUUCAUGCAUUACACAAACGAUCCCCUCUAUCUUGCAUUGCCCAUAUUCGAGAAGAUUAUAACACGUAAACAUGCAUUUGAGUUGGUGGAAACUCUCAAGAAAAGGCUUGUAGACAUGUUGCUUGCCAAGCGUAUGGAUCCUGGAGAUGAUAUCGUAUCAUUUUUGUUGAGAGAUCCGAGUUUGACCGUAGAGGAGUUGCGUGAUAAUCUGUCAACUCUCCUCAUUGCGGGACACGAGGCCCUUCGAAUCAUUUCUCCUUCUUCGUAUGGUAUUCCCCGCAUGUCCCAAAUGGCCACCAACCUUAGCAAGUAUUACGUCCCUCCCAACACUGCCGUUGUUUCGAAUAUCUGUGGUGUGCACCAUACACAAAACUUUGCGAUGUACGAGAUGCGCACACUAGCUUCAACGUUGUUAAGAGAAUAUGAGUGGACACUGCCUAAGGACCCAAUCCAUGCGGACGGGAUCAAGAAUGCAUUUUCGCCGUUCGCAUUGACUCUGCCUCGCGACUUGGACAUCAUAUUCAGAAAGCGUGUAUGAAGAAGUUAUCCACAAGACCCUCAAAACGUUCUGGUACUUUCUUUUGUCUAUAGCUCCGUACUUGAAAUCUGAUCGUAUGAAUCACCCGUGAUAGCCUCGUUCGUUAUCAUAAAUCAUCAUCACAGCUUAUUUGCAACUCCCAGCAUGUGUUUUAUGGCGGACAUUAUCAUUCUCUACAUCCUGAGCACAGAUGGGUGCCAAGAGCUUCUGUAGUUUGCGGGUCUGGACCGUUCAACACUUGUCCGAGAUCGACCGUGUGUGUCGCCAACCUGGCCUUGAUAUUCCUCAUUUCAGAUGUGAGUACCGUCACUCACUACAUGUGUAACAUUGGCCUCGUCAAAUUUACCAUGGGGUCCAAGGCCGACUAUACAUUGACUUUCACACUACCACUUCACCAAUACGAAGAUUCCCAAUGGCUUAAUUUUCUAGUAACGCACUGGCCACUGUUUAGGGAAUAGUGGUUAGGGUACAUUGUAUGAUCUAGUACUACGCGUUCCGAAUGGAUCAUUUGGUGAGCAUUUCAACAAAUACUCAUCAGCAUCUUUGAAUUA